CGAACACGAGUCCUUUAUCGUCAGGUGUCGGAGGAGCCGGUGACACAAUGUCUGUGUUUCACGAUGAAAUCGAGAUAGAAGACUUUGAGUAUGAUGAAGAUACGGAGACAUUUACCUUCCCCUGUCCGUGCGGAGACAGAUUUACCAUCAGCAGAGAGGAUCUGGAGAACGGUGAGGAGGUGGCGACGUGUCCAAGCUGCUCGCUCAUCGUCAAAGUCGUCUAUGACAAGGAGCUGUUCAUGUCAGGAGAAACCAUCACAGCGCCCCCAUCAGACAGGAAAGUGGAGCUGGUCCAGGUGUGACGUUAAACCACGUCCUUGCAGAGCCACCACCUGAUCCAGAUCUACGUCUUUCUGUGAGGACUGGUUGCCAUGGAAACUAUUUUUUUUUGUAUUGUGAAACAGUAAAAGUUGCUCAACCUGGGAUGUACAAAUUGACAUUUGCCUUUAUGAUGGACUUUGGAUUCAAAGUACCCACCUGCCACUGAGCACAGGACAAAGUCUUCUCAGCUUUAUUUAUUAAUCAGUGUUUCUCAUAUGUUUAAAUAUAAUAUUCUGAAUGCAAAUUAGUUUUUUUGUGUGUUUUUUUUUUUUAAGGCUGCUGUAGUUGUUUGCUACAUUUGUCCACCAGAGGAAGCAUCAUGAAAUGAAAGCUGUAGUUUUCUGUUUGAAACCAACAAACAUGAAACAAUGACCAGGAGUCUGCGUACGCACAAAAACCCGCCGUGCGUCUGUCUCCACACUGUCGUUCAGAUGUAUCAAAAAUUAAAUGAGCGUGGAAGUGUGCAGUGCGUCACACAAAAAUCCUGGCUGGCGUACGCACAUUUCUACAGUUAUUGUUCCAUCUCCAACAUGUGCAGGUGACACAGAACCGUUAAUAGUGUGAAAACAUGAAGUCAUCAGAGUGAUGUGCACAUCAGAGACACACUGAUGAACAAUUAACACACCCACAUGUUUGCAGUUACAGUUGGAUAUAAAAACAUGCGCAAAAUGAUGCAUAAAAUGGUGCUAACAGUGACUGCAUUAGUGUUGUUAGAGGACCUUAGAAAUAGUGUGAUCUGACGUGAGCAAGUAUUCAGGGAACACGAAGAUUUACUUCCAAAUGAUAAUUGGCUCUGAAACCGAUUUCGAUUAUCAAGGCCACUGUUAAAGGAGUCGCGCACAGAACUGUGACCGGAUCAGGGCGCAAUACGGUGAGGAGUCGGGGGUUGUCUGUGCCCACACAGGUGCUGACCACACUGGGCUUCCUGGCAACAGGGGCAUUCUAGCGGGAGCUGGCCGAUCGGUCAGGAGUGUGCCAGUCAACCUUGCGCCA